GGCCAUCUGGCCUACCAGCGGCAUCCCGCCCGCGGCAGGGCGCUGGAAUUAGGUGGUCCUUAAGGUCCCGUCCAAUUCAAGCCAUUAUUUGAUAAUCUGCCAGCCGUACUGCUCCUUCAGAGUACGAGGAAUUCCGUGCAUCAAUUGUAGGUGAUGAUGAUGGAGGAAAGCUCUUUACUCCCGAGCAAUAUGAAGAGUACAAAAGAAAAGUAUUACCAGCUCGGCUGCAGAACAGGUUGUAUGUGAGCUGGAGAUCACCAACUGGCAUGGACUGUAAGCUUGUGGGACCAGAGACACUGUGCUUCUGCACCCACCGGUACAAACAGCACAAAACAGACUACGAGGAGCUGCCCAAGGAGCGCCCCAUCAGCGUGCCCUGCCGAGUGAAGGGCUGCCCGUGCCAGUCCUACCGCUUCGUGCCCCUGAACGGCUCCCAGCCCGUGCGCUGCCGCUGCAAGCACUUGGCGGAGCAGCACAGCGCCGCGCCCGGCUUCCCCUGCAACGCCUGUUCCAAGUGUUCAGGCUUUCACAGCUCCUUUACCUGUGCCUGUGGUCAGCCAGCAUUUGCUCACGAAACAGUUGUGGAAACCAAGGAGGAGCGCUUAGCCCAAGGAAAGCCCGUGGGGCAGGAUGUUCCUUACGCUGCCAUGGGAGGACUGACUGGUUUUAGCUCUCUAGCAGAAGGCUACAUGAGGCUUGAUGACAGUGGAAUAGGUGCUCCUUCUGCUGAACUUUUAGAAGCCCCAGUUACUAGCAUGGAUCAUCCAUUUCUAAAAGCAUUUCAGGGACCUUCCAGUUCCGCUCAAUCCAUGCCACAAAUAGCAGGUAGUUCAAGUGCCACAGGGCAGGUUUCUCAUGGAAAACAAUCAGAAGCUGAUGACAUGGCUUACUUUGAAAAACGCUAUCAAGAACGGCUGAAAAUGGAGAAGGCUGCUAAACAGAAAGAGAGGAAUCCAGUGCCAUCAAAGAAGUAAUGAGAUUAAUAAAUAAAUACUUUUUAUUUGGCA